AUGGAGGAGGAGCUGUCAGAUAGAGGAAAUCGCAUAAUACCAAGCCUCAAAAAAAAUCUGCUAGCUCAAAGGCUGCUGCAAUGGAGCCAGGCAGGAGAAGUACCAUAUGGAGCUAUUCAAAAGGCAGCAACAGAGUUUGGAGUUAGCAGGAAGACAUCCCAGAGAAUAUGGGCAGAAGCAAAAGUCCAAAUUCAUAGUGGAGUACCUGUCAACAUAAAGGGCAGAGUUAAGGGCUACGAGCACAAAGACAAAUUCCAGCUUGAUGCUGGCAAGGUAAGAGAGUUGUCAGUUCUUGAGAGAUCUAACAUCCGUAAGCUUGCUUCAAAACUUGAUGUAAGUAAGAGCACAGUUGGUAGGUUUGUGAAACAAAACCAACUAAGGCCACACACAAAUGCCAUAAAGCCUCUACUUAGUGCUUCAAACAAAGUUGCAAGAAUGAGAUGGGGUUUAAGCCAUAUUCAACCACUCAUAGUAAAUGGUAUGCUAAAAUAUCACCCAAUGCACAAUGUAGUGCAUAUAGAUGAAAAAUGGUUUUACAUGACUAAAACCUCAGAUAGAUACUACCUGCUGCCAGAUGAAAAUGAGCCAUACAGAUCAUGUAAAUCAAAGCGGUUCAUCACAAAGGUGAUGUUUAUGUGUGCUGUGUGUAGACCUCAUUUUGCAGAAAAUGGGGAAGUCAUUUUUGAUGGAAAGAUAGGCAUUUUUCCAUUCACAACUAUGGAGCCAGCAAAGAGAAGAUCUAAGAACAGACCAAGAGGGACUCUGGAGACAAAGCCCAUUCAAUCAGUGAACAAGGAAGUGAUGAGAGAGUGCCUAAUUCAGAAGAUCAUACCAGCAAUCAAGGCAAAGUGGCCAGAAAAUAUAAGUAAGGAGAUUUUCAUUCAACAAGACAAUGCCAAGCCUCAUAUACACCACAACGAUGCUGACUUUCUGUCAGUUGCAUCCACAGAUGGGUUCCAGUUCCAUAUCAGGUGCCAACCACCACAAUCCCCAGAUUGCAAUGUGUUGGAUUUGGGUUAUUUUAGAGCAAUCCAAUCUCUACAAGAUGAUAAGGUAGCUAAGGGUGUGGAUGACUUGUUAAGGAAUGUGCAUAGCUCCUUUGAUGAACUUAGCCCAUACACACUCAACAAUGUUUUCCUCACUCUACAAGGUUGUCUAACUGAGAUUCUUAAGGUGCAAGGGGGUAAUGACUACAAAACUCCACACAUGAAUAAAGAGAGGUUAACUAGGAUUGGGACACUGCCAGUGACAUUAGAGGUUGAAGAAGGAGUUGUGAAGGCUGCUGUGGCAUACCUCCAACAGCCAGAACAUGAUGUGAGUACAAACUAUGACAUCUCAGGUGUCACAGAAGCUGUGGGCUUCUAA